GCCCCGCCCCGCCAUGGUAGAAAAGGCUGGCCGCCUCCGCACCGCCUCCUCCUGCUGCUGCUGCUGCGCCAUGGCCGGGCGGCGGGCGCUGGUGGUGCUGGCCCACCCGGAGCGGACCUCCUUCAACCACGCCAUGAAAGAGGCGGCCGUCGAGGCGCUGCAGGGGCACGGCUGGACCGUCGCCGUCUCGGACCUCUACGCCCUCCGCUUCAACCCGGUCCUCUCCCGCGACGACGUCACCGGUAGGGAGGGAGGGAGGGCCUGGGAGGGGCCGCGCUGGAACCUGAAGACCAACCCUGUUGUGCUUUCCCUCCAGUUCCCCCUCCAGUGGGUUGGCGUGCCGGCCAUCCUGAAAGGGUGGUAUGAACGCGUCUUCACGCAAGGCUUUGCCUACUCCUAUGCCACCAUGUACGAGCAAGGGCCCUUCCAGAAAAAGAAGGCCCUGCUGUCCUUCACCACCGGCGGGAUAGGCUCUAUGUACUCCCCCCAAGGAAUCAUCGGCGACAUCAACAUUCUCCUCUGGCCUGUGCAGAGCGGCACCCUGCACUUCUGUGGCUUCCAGAUCUUGGAGCCCCAGAUAGCCUUCAGCAUUGCGCACACCCCACCAGAGGCUCGUUCCCAGAUCCUGGAGAGAUGGAAGAAGAGACUGGGGACCAUCUGGGACGAAAAGCCCCUCACGUUUGCUCCCACUAGCAGCUUUGACCUGAGCUUCCCCGGCGGCUUCCUCCUGAAGAAAGAGGUGGAAGAACAGCUGCGAGGCCAGAAAUACGGGCUGACGGUGGGCCAGCACCUGGGGAAGCCGCUCCCACCUGACAAUCAGGUCAAAGCCCAGAAGAAAUAACCAGUCCUGGGGAUCAUUCGGGGUGGGGUUUGCAGUGAUACGCCUUCUUUUUCCGGGCAGCUCAGUGGCAUCUAGCAAGGCAGAAGCAGGCUUCCUUUCCGCUGGGGUCUCUCCUGGACACGUGCCUUGAUUAAACAGCGCUACAGGGAACCCAGCUGCAAAUGGAGGUCAAGCAAGCAGGUGGAGAUGAUACCAGAGGAGUAUCUCCCAAGCGUCUUGCUGGGGGGCAUUUAGCACUCUUCCUUCUCUGCUCUUGGCCUUAAAAGUGUAGCUGCCUCUGUACUGCUGAGACUUCCCUCUGUCUGAACAUACCAGUCAUCAUUUCACUCCAGCCUCAGCUGGUUUCUAGCCUUUAAUGCACUUCUCCAGUUAACUUUCUGGAUGUUGCCUCCUUUCUGCUCUUUGAACACAGGGGGUGGGGCUUCUCUUGCAGCAGUCUGUCCGUGCGCAAAUCUGAGUCUUGAAAUAAAAGAGGAUUUUUUCAACCA